ACGAAGCGCAGGGCGGUCGCAGUAGUUGGCUGAGCAGCGAAGCCCAGGCCCUCCUAGGAAGGAGUCCGAGCUGGGACAUCGCGCCGGCUUUUCGGACCAGGAGCCAGAGGUUGGGGCCUAGGCGGGCCGGAUCCCAGAAAGGGUGCAGGGUGCUGCAGAGUCGAAACCCGAGCACAAGCAAAAUACCCGGGCGUUUGUGCACCUCAAAGUCCCGCAGGCUCACUUCCGAGCCUCCCGGGACUCCUUAGCAGUCCGCCUUGGCGACUCCCAUAGGCGCCGGAAGUAGUUUUUGUGGCUCGGCGGAGGCUCUCUAGGCGUGCGGGCCAGCGACUCGAUAGCCGGAAGUCAUCUGGCUGAAGCAGAGGCUGCCGCUGCAGUUCUAGGCAGUCUCAGCUCCAGUUGGCAGCCGGUAUGGCAGAACGUGCUGGACUGGAGGAGCUGGUGAAACUUCAGGGAGAGCGUGUUCGGGGCCUCAAGCAGCAGAAGGCCAGCGCCGAGCAGAUCGAGGAGGAGGUGGCAAAACUCCUGAAACUGAAGGCACAGCUGGGCCCUGAUGAAAACAAACAGAAGUUUGUGCUUAAAACCCCCAAGGGCACAAGAGACUAUAGUCCCCAGCAGAUGGCAGUUCGGGAGAAAGUGUUUGAUGUAAUCAUACGCUGCUUUAAGCGCCAUGGUGCAGAAGUAAUUGAUACACCUGUGUUUGAACUGAAGGAAACACUGACUGGAAAGUAUGGGGAAGACUCUAAGCUUAUCUAUGACCUGAAGGACCAGGGUGGGGAGCUGUUGUCUCUUCGCUAUGACCUCACUGUUCCUUUUGCCCGGUAUUUGGCAAUGAAUAAACUGACCAACAUUAAACGCUACCACAUAGCAAAGGUGUAUCGGCGAGAUAACCCAGCCAUGACCCGCGGCCGAUACCGGGAAUUCUACCAGUGUGACUUUGACAUUGCUGGGCAGUUUGACCCCAUGAUCCCUGAUGCAGAGUGCCUGAAGAUCAUGUGCGAGAUUCUGAGUUCACUUCAGAUAGGCAACUUCCUGGUUAAGGUAAAUGAUCGGCGCAUCCUAGAUGGAAUGUUUGCCGUCUGUGGUGUUCCUGACAGCAAGUUCCGUACCAUAUGCUCCUCAGUGGACAAGCUGGACAAGGUGUCAUGGGAGGAAGUAAAGAAUGAAAUGGUGGGAGAAAAAGGCCUUGCACCCGAGGUGGCUGACCGCAUUGGGGACUACGUCCAGCAGCAUGGUGGGGUGUCCCUGGUGGAGCAGCUGCUCCAGGAUCCUAAACUCUCCCAAAAUAAGCAGGCCUUGGAGGGCCUGGGAGAUCUGAAGCUGCUGUUUGAGUACCUGGCCCUGUUUGGCAUUGAUGACAAGAUCUCCUUUGACCUGAGCCUUGCUCGGGGGCUGGAUUACUAUACUGGGGUGAUCUAUGAGGCAGUGUUGCUACAGACUCCAGCCCAGGCAGGGGAAGAGCCCCUGGGUGUGGGCAGUGUGGCUGCUGGAGGGCGCUAUGAUGGGCUAGUGGGCAUGUUCGACCCAAAAGGGCGCAAAGUGCCAUGUGUAGGGCUGAGUAUUGGGGUGGAGCGGAUCUUCUCCAUCGUGGAGCAGAGACUGGAGGCUCUGGAGGAAAAGGUACGGACCACAGAAACACAGGUGCUUGUGGCAUCUGCACAGAAGAAGCUGCUGGAAGAAAGACUAAAGCUUGUCUCAGAAUUAUGGGAUGCUGGGAUCAAGGCUGAGCUGCUGUACAAGAAGAACCCAAAAUUACUAAACCAGUUGCAGUACUGCGAGGAGGCAGGCAUCCCACUGGUGGCUAUCAUUGGCGAGCAGGAGCUCAAGGAUGGGGUCAUUAAGCUCCGUUCAGUGGCUACCAGGGAAGAGGUGGAUGUCCGAAGAGAAGACCUUGUGGAAGAAAUUAAAAGGAGAACAAACCAACCCCUCUGCAUCUGCUGAACUAAGCAAACUAUCAGAGGAUAAAAAAAGUGGGACUGGCACCAUUUGACGCUAAGACAAGACUGCAUAUGUACUUCAAUAGCUUUGCACUUUGUUCCAGCAGACAGACUUGAAGAGUGGUCAGAACAGAGACUUAAUUUUUAUUACGAUUAUUUUAUUGGUAAUUACUGGCAAAAAUGGCCAGGUACUACACCUUUUCCAUAGUAGGCCCUAGGGGCUUAGUCCAGUCUGUGCUCCUGGGCUAUAUAGGGUCCCUGCCUGAGAUGGUCUCAUUUGCAGGACUCCACACCAGAUGGAGCUAAAGCCUCCCACAACCAAUCGCCAAAGGUUCAAUAAAAUGCCUCAACCACUGGA